CAGAAAAGAGAACAACCACGUUGCACGGGGACACCCUCCUCGAGGGGGAGCACAGGGCUGGGAGGCACCCAGCCUCCCCUCCUUCGUUCCCCUGGGCUCCGUGUCUGCGAGGAAGCAACACCAGUAGCUCGGACCUGGGCGGACUUCAGGGAACAUGCAGCCAGUCCUGCUCUCAUUGGCCUUUCUUCUGUCCCCUGGGCUGGGAUGGCCUUUUCUUGCAGAGGAGAUCAUAGGGGGCCAUGAGGCCAAGCCCCACUCCCGCCCCUACAUGGCCUUCGUUCGGUUUCUGGACAAGGAGAGUGUGAAGAGGUGUGGCGGAGUCCUCGUGCGGAAGGACUUUGUUCUGACAGCUGCUCACUGCAGGGGAAGCUCAAUCAACGUCACCCUGGGGGCCCACAACAUCAAGAAACAGGAGGAGACCCAGCAGGUGAUCCCAGUGAGAAAGGCCAUCCGUCACCCAGACUAUAACCCUUAGAACUUCUCCAAUGACAUCAUGUUACUGCAGCUGGAGAGAAAGGCCAAGCUGACUAAGGCUGUGAAGACCCUCGGCCUGCCCGGGGCCAAGGCCAGGGUGAAGCCGGGACAGGUGUGCAGUGUGGCCGGCUGGGGGCAGGUGGCGAGGGGCAUUCAAACCUCCACCCUGCAGGAGGCAAAGCUGAGGGUGCAGGACGAUGUGGCGUGCGAAUUCCCCUUCCCCAGCGGCUAUUACCACCGGGCCUCCCAGAUUUGUGUGGGGAACCCGAGGGACAUGAAGACCAGCUUCAAGGGCGACUCCGGCGGGCCCCUCGUGUGCAAAAAUGUGGUCCAGGGUAUUUUCUCCUAUGGAAAAAUGGAUGGGACCCCUCCCGGAGUCUUUACCAAGGUCUCACACUUCCUGCCCUGGAUAAAGAAAACAAUGAAGCCCCUCUAACAGCUAGCUGGAGAAUCACCUUUUUCCGUGCUGACACUGUUCCGGAGCAGCGGCGAGACUCCCAUGGGGAUUGGCACUGGGA